AUGGCCACACACGCAGACUCUUACGGCCACCUGCCUUCCACACGCCAAAGUCGAAUGAAGAUCGACUCGCUGCUGAAUCCGAACACGGAUGAUGGCGAGUACUCAGCACCUUCUUCGUCGCAUAGCCACAACUAUCCCCAACAGUCCCCGGGUUUUCCCUGGUAUAGUCGCUAUCCGGGCUACCAUGACACAAGUCCCGGCGCAGUCUCCACCGCAACGACACACGCGAGCAGCGGCAGCAAUAGCAGCCUGAACCCUCAACAUCACCACCACCACAUGUUCCUAUCCUACCGCCCAUCUGGAUCCGCGCCCUCCUCGCCAGACCCCUACCAGCCGCGCGAGCGGUACGACUCGGUGUCCAGCAGCUCUAGCACCAACGGCACAGACCGACGUCGGCCGCCACGCCCCAAGUACGAGGAGGAAGAAAUGUACUUUAUCUGGUAUCACCGCGUGGACCUAUGCCAGGAAUGGAAGGAAGUGCGCGAGAGCUUCAAUCGUCAAUUCCCCAACCGCCAGCGCCGCGGAUUCCAGGGUAUCCAGUGCAAAUUCUACCGCUUUAUCAAGGAAAAGCAGUGUCCCACUCUGCGCGAGCAACGCCGCAUGCGCGAUGGCGAGUUUCUGCGUGAGGGCGCCAGUUUGUCCUCGGCGGAGUCAAAUGCGCCGCGCUUCGGUGUCCUCGAAUGGGGCAAAGUCUGGUAUCCGUGGAUGCGUGAGAGCCACGAUGAGGUUAUGCGACACAAUAUGUCAUGA